AUACUCUUGAAGAGUAAAGCCCAUAAAACUAGGGUUCAACUUGCCUCCAAAAACUGCGACGUAGGGUUUUAGUUGUACUAGUUGUGCAGAUUUAGGUUUUCUAACCCUUUUUCUUUCUCUUGUAUCUUGCAUCUUCAAUGGCGGCCGUAGUUGAUAGUGCUGAUGGCUUGCAAAAUGAGGUCAAGCUUUUUGGCCGCUGGAGUUUUGAUGACGUCUCGGUCCAUGAUAUUGCAUUGGCUGAUUACAUUGGAGUAACUUCUGUUAAGCAUGCUACUUAUGUGCCUCACACUGCUGGAAGAUACCAAAAGAAGCGUUUCAGAAAAGCUCAAUGCCCUAUUGUUGAGAGGCUAACCAAUUCCCUGAUGAUGCACGGUCGCAACAACGGGAAGAAGUUGAUGGCUGUUAGGAUUAUAAAACAUGCCAUGGAGAUCAUUCAUCUCUUGACUGAUUUGAAUCCCAUCCAAGUUGUUGUUGAUGCCAUUAUCAACAGUGGACCAAGAGAAGAUGCUACUAGAAUUGGUUCUGCUGGUGUGGUGAGGCGUCAGGCUGUUGAUAUCUCUCCACUGAGGCGUGUUAAUCAGGCGAUCUACCUUCUGACAACAGGUGCUCGUGAGAGUGCUUUCAGGAAUAUCAAGACAAUUGCUGAGUGUCUGGCUGAUGAACUAAUCAAUGCUGCCAAGGGUUCAUCUAAUAGUUAUGCUAUCAAGAAGAAAGAUGAGAUCGAAAGAGUUGCUAAGGCCAACCGUUAAGUACGGAAUCAUCUCAAGGUUACUUUGUUUUUGUUUCUUCUCUCUUUAAUUUAGAACUUACGAAUGUAUUGAGUUAUUUUCAGCUACUUGCACUUUACUAUUAGGGUUCUAUACUUUUUUUGAGAAGAUUUUGUAGAAUUGGAAUUUAUGAACCCACGACAGUUUUAUUUUAAUAUGCUGUACUUUUUUAUGAAAAUUCGUAUCCAGUUAAUGUACUUCAUUGCAACAAGGUGCUUUAUCAUUGUA